GUCAGUGCGGCCGCCGCGCGUCCCCGGGCCCGCCGUGUCCUCCUUCCUCGCUCGCCACCUGCCCAUGGGUCUGCACGGCGACGGCGGGGGCCGGGCCCGGGGGCAGGCAGCCCGAACGGGGCCGCGGCGCUCCGGGGGCCUCGGCGGCGGCGUCGCCGUGUUCGCCGCGGUGGCCGCCCUGUUCGCCCGCACGCUGCCGCCCUCGGUGCCGGGGGGAGACUCGGGGGAACUGAUCACAGCGGCACAUGAGCUUGGAGUUGCCCACCCUCCUGGCUACCCUCUCUUCACGCUGGCGUCUAAACUGGCAAUGACGCUCUGUCCUUUCGGCUCUGUCGCCUACCGGGUCAACCUUCUCUGCGGCUUAUUUGGAGCGGUCGCUGCGUCCUUGCUUUUUGUCACCGUUUUCAGGCUCUCCGGCUCCCGCGCUGGAGGAAUCCUUGCCGCGGGGGUGUUUUCGUUUUCUCGUCUAACGUGGCAAUGGUCCAUCGCAGCCGAGGUCUUCAGCUUAAACAAUCUGUUUGUGGGGCUGCUGAUGGCGCUCACUGUACACUUUGAGGAGGCAGCAGCUGCAGAGGAGAGAUCAAAGAUCGCUAAAAUUGGUGCUUUCUGCUGUGGCCUUAGCUUAUGUAAUCAGCACACGAUAGUCCUCUAUGUUUUAUGCAUAAUACCUUGGAUUCUCUUUCGGCUUUUAAAAAAGAAGGAACUCUCCCUGGGCUGCCUGCUGAAGCUGAGCGCCUGCUUCUCGGCCGGCUUGCUGCCCUACGUCUACCUGCCAGUCUCAUCCUACCUCAAUCGAGCCCGGUGGACCUGGGGAGACCAGACAACGCUGCUGGGCUUUUGGACACAUUUUCUCAGGGAAGAAUACGGAACAUUCAGCCUGGCCAAAUCUGAAAUAGGAUCCAGUAUGUCUGAAAUACUGCUUUCUCAGGUAACAAAUAUGAAGGCUGAACUCUCAUUCAACAUCCAAGCCCUUGCAGUUUGGGCAAAUAUAAGUUUAAUAAGAAAGGACAAACAGACUCCAUCAUUAGUAUGGCUUUUUACUGGAAUGCUUUGCAUUUAUUCAUUGUUCUUUGCUUGGAGGGCAAAUUUAGAUAUUUCAAAGCCACUUUUCAUGGGUGUGGUGGAACGGUUCUGGAUGCAGAGCAAUGCAGUGGUGGCCGUCCUCGCUGGCCUCGGCUUGGCUGCACUUGUGUCUGAGAGUAGCCGGGUGCUCAACAGCAAAGGGCUGCAGUGUCUGGAAUGGCUCUCCGCCACCCUUUUUGUAGUUUACCAGAUAUAUUGUAAUUACAGCAUUUGUGACCAAAGGACCAACUAUGUGAUUGAUAAAUUUGCAAAGAACCUUCUGGCCUCCAUGCCUCGUGAUGCGAUUCUCUUGCUGAGAGGGGACCUGCCUGGGAAUUCGCUUCGUUACCUGCAUUACUGUGAGGGCCUCAGGCCAGAUCUCUCCUUAGUGGACCAGGAAAUGAUGACUUACGAGUGGUAUUUACCCAAGAUGGCAAAGCACUUGCCAGGUGUCCGCUUUCCUGGGAACCGGUGGAACCCUGUGGAAGGAAUGUUGCCUAAUGGAAUGGUCACAUUUAAUCUUUAUCAUUUUCUCGAAAUAAACAAACAAAAAGAAACGUUUGUCUGCAUAGGAAUUCAUGAAGGUGACCCAACCUGGAAGAAGAAGUAUUCCCUUUGGCCAUGGGGGUCCUGCGACAAAUUAGUCCCUUCAGAUAUUGUGUUCAACCCAGAGGAAUGGAUCGAACUCACGCGGAAUCUCUACAACUGGACCGAAGAAUACGGGCGGUUUGCUGCGUCUUCAUGGGAGUCUGUGGCCAAUGAAGAGAUGUGGCAAGCCAGGAUGAAAACGCCCUUCUUCAUCUUCGACCUGGCCGAAAGCGCUAACCUGCCUGCGGACGUGAAAGCCCGACUCUACACUCACGCCUACAACCUGUACAGGGAGCUCGUGUACUCACAGAAGGCACACCCAGUGAACUGGCACAAGAACUACGCCCUCGCCUGUGAGCGGCGGCUGCGCCUGGCGGGGCGGGACGCAGACCCGGAAGCUCUGCUGUCUGAAACCAUCAGGCACUUCCACCUGUACGCCCAGAAAGCGCGGGAUGACCCGCAGCGAGCCGACAUUUUAGGGGCUCUGAAGCACCUACGGAACGAACUGCGAAGUCUGAGAAACAGGAAAACUGAGACAGCAGAAUGAUGGAGCACCUGGCCAUGGCUCAGCGUCCGAAAUUCUGGAGGCCACACGUUUUCCCGCCAAGCUGAGAAACUGCACAUCAGAAAACCAAACACCGAGUGGUCCCCCAGGCCAAAUAACAUGGUACAGGCCGUGCGGUUUAUUGGGGGUGUCUCAUGACAGAUGUACUGAGUAUGCAGAAUUCUGGUUACCCCCUUACCAAGUGAGCAUUUCAGUAGAAGCUUCCGGAAAAUCUUCCUGCUUCCACAGUCUUUCACCCAGUGACUGUGCUUGAUGAGAUUCUAGAAAAGAACAAAUUCUUGGGUCCGCCUAAGAUACCACCUGUGCCUCCUUCCACAGCCUUGCUUAUUGGUUGUAGUUUUAAAGGAGAAAUUCUUAAAAUUGCGAGUGCAAAACCAAAGAAAUGUUCUGAUUCCUGAAAGUGAAAUAAUUUUUUUUUUGAGAGAAUGAAUGUUAGGCUUCCAGUUAGAGUACGUUGUUUUAAAAGUAACCGUGGUUGUCACAUUAUCUCACACCUGAAGCUAAAUACCAAGUGGAUGAUGUUUUGGGGGGAAAAAAAAAAGUUGGGGUUUUAUUGUCUUAGCUAGUUCUCUGAAGUCACUAGGAAGAAAAGCUAAUUUGCUGUUUGCUAAUUUUACUUGCAGAAGCUGAUUGGCGAGUAAAAGGAUUUUGUAUUUAAUUCAUUUUAUAUUUAUGUUUCACUUCUAUAUGGACUAUAGAUGUAGGCCUAAUAAUUAGUAGGCUCCUGCUAGCAAAAAUGGGGGGGAAAAAG